CUCUAGCAUUUCCUCUCGGAGCUCCGCCUGGGACACACACACACACACACACACAUACGCACCAUCCAAGGCGCGGCGAGUCUGGCCACCUUGAACGGCACCGAGCGAUUUCUACGUAAAGGAAACCGAAACUUCGGGUCAGGCGAGCGAGGAUCACAUGCCCGCCGUUAUCUGGUCGUUUAAAAGCCGCGGUCUCCUCUGGAGCGCCGCAAUCCCGAGGCAGAAGAAGAAGGAGAAGGCAUCAUGCGCUCGCCUCCCCGCCAGCUCCUCCGUCUCCUGCUCCAGGCUCUGGCGGCUUUCUGCAGCCGGCUGGUCCUCCUCUGUCUUUGGGGCCCGCUCCGCCGCAGAGUCUCCCCGAGCUCGGCUCCGGAGCCAGGCGCUGUUCCCCCGCCGGUGCCGGUCAGCGUCAACUACCACUUCACCCGCCAGUGCAACUACAAGUGCGGCUUCUGCUUUCACACCGCCAAGACUUCUUUCGUCCUGCCGCUGCAGGUGGCUAAGAGGGGGCUCCGAUUGCUCAAAGAGGCGGGUAUGGAGAAAAUAAACUUCUCAGGCGGUGAACCGUUUCUGCAUGAGCGAGGUGAUUUUGUCGGAAAGCUGGUCCAAUUUUGCAAGGAGGAGCUAAAGUUGCCGAGUGUUAGCAUUGUGACCAAUGGCAGUAUGGUUAAGGAGAGAUGGUUCAAAUAUUAUGGGGAAUAUCUAGAUAUUCUUGCUGUAUCUUGUGAUAGCUUCAAUGAAGAAGUCAAUGUUUUAAUUGGCCGUGGGCAAGGAAAGAAAAAUCAUGUUGAAAAUCUUGAAAAACUGAAGAUAUGGUGCCAAAAAUACAAUGUUGCUUUCAAGAUAAAUUCCGUGAUCAAUCGUUUCAAUGUGGAAGAAGACAUGAAUGAGAAGAUCAAAGCUCUAAAUCCUGUCCGUUGGAAGAUAUUUCAGUGCUUGCUCAUUGAAGGAGAAAAUACAGGGGAAGAAUCUCUGAGAGAAGCUGAAAGAUUCAUCAUCAACGAUGAAGAUUUUGAACGAUUUGUGCAUCGUCAUAAAAAUCUCCCAUGCUUAGUCCCUGAAUCUAAUCAAAAGAUGAGAGAUUCCUACUUAAUUCUGGAUGAAUAUAUGCGUUUUCUCAACUGUGUCAAUGGCCGAAAAGAGCCUUCUCGGUCAAUCCUGGAUGUAGGGGUAAAAAAUGCUAUACAAUGCAGUGGCUUUGAUGAAAAUAUGUUUUUCAAGCGAGGCGGCAAAUAUGUCUGGAGCAAAGCAGAUAUGGCACUGCAGUGGUGAUCCAACUUGUUAUUUGCUGGAAACGUCUGCAAGCACAAACUGUACUCAUUUUACUCUCCUCUUCGGAGAAAGAUGCUCAAUGUUUUUUUUGUCUUUUUAGAAAGAAACUGUCCUGCAUUCUAGCUACCAUAGUAGUGGAUGCUGCUAUGUCAACGUUGCUUUUAUGCAAAAAAAAAAAAAAAAAAAAAAGAAGUAAUGUUUUGUUCACAAACAAUGAAUUGUACCAGCACAGAACAUGUUGACUUUAGAAAGACACUUGUCCAAUAGUCAAACAUGGAAUACUGGGAAACAAGACUUUUGCUGCUGCCAUGUUGUAGGAUUGCAGAGAUGAAUUUUAAAAUAUUUAAUGCCAGUAGGAUGCUUCUAUGUAAAAGAAAAAAAAAGAUUGUAAUUGUCUUUUUUCAACACACGAAUGCAUCAAUACCAACUUACAUGUGUAAGGUCAGGAUAAUUAAAUUUAAGAUUUUGGGACAAAUUACCAGCAGACAGAAGGUACAGCAGAACUCUUUAAGUUGCCAUGGUGAGCACAAGUGCAUUACUGAAAAUAAAAUCAAUACAAUUUUCAAACUGAGUUGGCAAUUUUCAGGUGACCCAAAACUGCCUUUAAUGUUUUCCUAGAAAGCAUAAGAAUAGGAACAUAAAAUAAAGGCCAAUGUGAGUAGGGCUAUCUGGGGUCAGUAUCAUUUGCAUUUUUCUAAGUUACUUUUGUUUGUGGGUGUGGCAUGUGAGCUUGGUUUGCAAUACUGCAGAAAGCCAAUUUUAGACCUUUUCUGUGUUUCUUACCUCAAAAUACCAUGUAAAAAUGUAGCACUGGCUUCUGCAACUUCGUUUGCAAAUUCUGGAAGUGAAAUAAGAAGAUUCCAAGGGCUCCUGAUUUCCACUCCUAUCAUUUUUUUAACAGAAUUUACUUAUGACUAAUGAUGGCCAAUACAUCUUUGGAAUAAUCUGCAAAAAAAUAAAAGAAGAUAUGUUUUA